AUGUUUGAAAAGUCGUCAUUCAACACUGGGAAAGCCAAAAUGCCUCUAUUUCGGAUCAAGACGAUAUUCCCGCUGGUCGCUCUCGUGACCAUCGGAAUAUUCUUCUUUUGCAUGGAACGCUACGACCGCUCAGCUUUCCUUCGGUUCAAGCACCCAAUUGAUCGGGCCUCCUUUGGUGGAAAUAAACAACCUCAAGUACAAACGCCGGCACAAUCUGAUUCGCAGCAGCCCACUAGUAGUUCCUGUGAAGCUGACCCGAAAUUGGCCGCCCCCCUACCCUUCCCUGAAUGGCUCCCACGCAAGAACUACACUCGCGCCUAUUUCCGUCCUCGUCAUGUGAACCCCCGCACCGAAUUCCAUACUUUGGAGGAAAUCGAAAAGCCUGUGCUCCCGCCCAUGGUUGUCAUGGAGCGUGGUAUGGUCGUAUCUCCCGAGAACAAACCUGAAAACUUUGUCUGUCCUGAGAUUAUCGACGUCGAUGUGGCCGCCGAUGACGAUGUCGAGGAGACCUCCAAGCUUCUGUUUGGUCUAGCCACUACCGUCGACCGUCUGGACCGUCUGCUCCCCUCCCUGCUUUACUCCUAUGGGAAUACCAAGGCCGGUUUGAUUGUUCUCGUCCCUGAGUCUGACGACGACCUGGAGAAGCAAGAGACCUACUUCCGCAACCGCGGUCUGGACUUGACUCUCAAGGCCUCUCCCCUCGACUUCACUGCCCGUUACUUCGGUAUGGUCGAGGCAUUCACCGAGCACAUUCGCAAGCACCGCCCGCACACCACCUGGGUUGGAUUUAGUGACGACGAUACCUUCUUCCUGUCACUCCCCACUAUCGCCGAGGAACUGAAGCUCUUCGAUGAGAACAAGAAGCACUACAUUGGAUCUUUGUCCGAGGCCAGCUGGCAGGUGGAUACUUUCGGCCACAUUGCUUUCGGUGGAGCCGGUGUGUUUGUCUCAAAGCCUCUUUUGGAUGUCCUGAUGAACCACUACGACGAGUGCCAGUCCUGGGGCGAACAGCCCGGUGACCAGAAGCUUGGCCAGUGUAUCCAACGCUUCGGUGACACCCCCUGA